UUCCCUGUGCCAGAGUGUCAGUGCCUGAACCCUCAGCUCCCCUCUGAAUUCAGCUGGAGCAGCUGCUGUCACUGUCAGGCUUCCAGCCUCUACGAUGGACUCCUCCACCAGCCUGCUGCUGCUGCUGCUCCUGAGCCAGCCUUGGAUGGGGGCUGGUGCUGAGAAACACGCUGUGGUGUGUGCAGGAACUGCCUGCUACUCAGCCCACUGGGGAAAGCUGAGUGCAGCUGAGGCCCAGCUUCACUGCAGCAAGAAAGGGGGCAACCUGGCGACGGUGAGAUCUGAGGAGGAGGCGCGGCACAUCCAGCGAGCACUAGCCCAGCUUCUAGAGCCCGGGGUGCCCCUGGAAACCCAGAAAGGCAAGUUCUGGAUAGGACUCCAACGGGAGAAAAGGAAGUGCUUAGACCCCAGCCUUCCUCUGAAGGGCUUCAGCUGGGUGGGUGGCGGAGAGGAUACAUCUUAUUCCAACUGGCACAAGGAGGUCAAGAGCUCUUGUAUCUUCAAGCGCUGUGUGUCCUUGAUGGUGGACCUGUCCCACUUGUCCCUCUCCAGCCACCUCCUCAAGUGGUCUGAAGGACCAUGUGGGAACCCAGGCUCUCCUGGAAGCAGCAUUGAGGGCUUUGUGUGCAAGUUCAGCUUCAAAGGCAUGUGUCGGCCCCUGGCCUUAGGGGGCCCAGGCCAGGUGAACUACACCACUCCUUUCCAGGCCAUCAGCUCCUCUUUGGAGGCUGUGCCCUUUGCUUCUAUGGCCAAUGUGGUCUGUGGAGAUGGGGAUAAGAGUAAGCAGCUUUUCUUCCUGUGCAAUGAGAAGUCUACUGAUGUGUUCGACUGGGACAGCUCAGGACCCCUCUGUGUCAGCCCUGAGUUUGGCUGCAACUUCAAUAAUGGAGGCUGCCAUCAAGACUGCUUCGAAGGGGGAGAUGGCUCCUUCCGCUGUGGCUGCCGCCCGGGGUUCCGGCUGCUGGAUGACCUGGUGACUUGUAUGUCCCGGAACCCUUGUAGCUCCAGCCCAUGUGGAGGGUUGGCCACAUGCAUUCCUGGACCCCUCGGGAAAAACUACACAUGCCAGUGCCCCCAAGGCUACCAGCUGGACUCAACUCAGCGGGACUGUGUAGAUGUGGAUGAGUGCCAGGACUCCCCCUGCUUUCAGGAGUGUAUCAACACUCCUGGAAGCUUCCACUGCCAGUGCUGGGUAGGCUAUGAGCCUCGUGGCCCUGAAGAGGGAAACUGUCAGGAUGUAGAUGAGUGUGCCCCUGGCCACUCACCCUGCGCCCAGGGUUGCACCAACACAGAUGGCUCCUUCUACUGCUCAUGCGAGGAUGGCUAUAUCUUGACUGGGAAGGAUGGCACCCAAUGCCAGGAUGUGGAUGAGUGUGAGGGCCCAGGGGGCAGCAUCUGUGAUAGCUUAUGCUUCAACAUGAAGGGGUCCUUCCGCUGCGGCUGUUUGCCAGACAUGGAGUUAGCGCCAGAUGGGGUCUCCUGUAUCAUAAACCCCACGUCCCUGGCACCAUCUACAGAGCCUCCCCAGGAGGAGAACACAAGAGAUAGAGAGGGAAGACUUGUGCUUUCUAUCACAACAUCAAGUCCAACUGGGGACCCUGAGGAUACCUCCAAAGUGGCACACACAAUGAGGAGACCCUUCUUCCUACCCAAUGCUUCCAUCACCCCCACAUCACCCCAGACUCUAGCCACCAGUGGGUCCCCUGGCAUCUGGAUGGAGCCCAGAAACCAUCACCCUAAGGUCACCAUGGGCCAUGAGGAGUCUACAGGUGGGGAUUUCAUGGUCCAACAAAGGGAUGACGGCACCGAUGGACAAAAGCUGCUUUUGUUCUACAUCCUGGGCACUGUGGUGGCCAUCCUACUCUUGCUGGCUUUGGCCCUAGGGCUGCUGGUUUACCGCAAACGGCGAGCCAAGAGGGAGGAAAAAGAGAAAAAGCCCCAAAGUGCAGCAGACAGCUACUCCUGGGUUCCAGAACGAGCUGAAAGCAAGGCUAUGGAGAACCAGCACAGUCCAACAGCUGGGACAGACUGCUGAAGAUGAGGUGGCCCCAGAGACACUGUCAGUCAGCUACCACUAUCCUCAGAGCUUGAAGUCCCUGUCAAAAGGCGGGACCCACAUCCUUCUGAAAGACUGAACUGGAAUCUUAGAAAACAAUUGUAAACUUGCUCCUUAAAAGUCUGGCAACUUGGAACGUGCAGGUGUAUUCUAAAUGUGUAUGAUAUUCCUGAAGUGGAAGCAAUGAACUGUCAUGUCAUUGGGGGAAUUUUUGAAUAUUAACAAUUCGCACUCAUUCCCUUUUUCAAGUUCAAAUAUGACUGAUUUCAUUUUUUUUUUGUACUGAUUCUGAAUUACAAGUUAGGUGCUAGUGGGCUUCCCUUGAACUGAUUUUCUGCUAGCUGGACUCAUCUAAAAAGAAAAGGGGUCUGAUAAUUCUAAUUAGAACUGAAAUAGUUUGUUCACUUUAGUAUAAUGAAGACUAAGUCAAUUAUUGCUUAAGUAUAUAAAAAAGUGUUUUGUUUUGUUUUGUCAAAGGGAACAUAUUUAGGACUGGAAACAUGUCUUUGCAUUUACAUUUAUUCAUUUUUUUCAUCAUAAGUCUUUUGAACUUGAUGUUGCUGAAAUCAUCCACAGUGACCAGAAAUACACUUAAUUGUUUAGUUAGUAAGGAGGUAAGGAAUUUAGAGAUCACAUAUCUCACUCUUAGGUUUCUGAUUACAUUGGAUUUAUUUGCCAGUGAAACCUGAAAAAUGUGUUAAGAGUUGUAUGAAGAGAGUCAAACGAUUUUGAAAAUAAAUAAUCAAAAGUGCUAAAGAGAGAGGCCAGGGUUUUUUUCACAGAUACUUGAAUCUAAAUUGGUUUAAAUAUUCUGAUGUUAACACAGACUUAACUAUUGAUGAAAUGAACAGUCAUAAGGAAAAAGCCCAGGACAACUUGUCUCUAAGCCUGUACAUCCUCAAGACACCCCACUAUCAGGCUGCCCUGCCUUUAUCUCAGGCAUCCCUGAAUCUGGGUGAUUUGGCUGUAGAUGGAGGGUGCACUAGAAUGUCUCUCAUUCUGAUUGUUUCCAAAGGAUGUGUGAACUAAAUGACUUUCUGAGUUCGAAAACUGUCAUUGCAAAGCUUUUUAGCACAGUUCACGGUUGACAUUGAAUCCUGACAACUUGAUCCUGAUCUGUGGCUGUAGCAUACAAAAAAGUCAGGGACUAGUCAUGUUGGAUGAUUCUCCCAGUGUUUCUUCAGAAACUUGUGCCCCCUUUCUUUCUUUUCCCCAUAAAGAAGGGUGGGGUGGGAAGGGAGAGAGAAAGAGAGAAAAAACUAAAAUCAUUUGCAACUACUAAAACUACUCAAAACAACUUUUAUGUAUAUCCUCAUUUUAAGGUGCUCACUUGCAAAGAUUUCCCCUUAUGAUGUGAUCGAUAGCGUGAGAUUCUGCCUGUGUAGACAGAAAGGAGCUGGUAUGGUCAAACUUGUUAGAGCUGCCCAAGGGACACCAUGAAGCCUCUGGUGGCCUGGGGGCUUUCUCCUGACACCAUGCAGAAGGACAAAGGUAAUGUUUUUCCUUCCAGAGACUCCAAACUAUCUCUCAGAAAAAGGGUACCCUAUCGUUUCUUUUUUUGCCUUAAAAAUGCAACUGUCCCCAGAGUUCAACACUGUGGGUGGGAGUAGAGGCAGGUACAUAGCCAGCCUUCAGAGUUAAGUACAUAUUUUUUUCCUUGGCCAAUUUUGAAAUGUAGAUGCUACAGUUUAUUAUUUUUUUUUUAAGAAAAUGGAAAACUGCAGGGGAAUGUAAAAAGAAAGAUGAAGGCUCUGAGGUUUGGAAUUUCUGCUUUUUAAAGUCAGUUUUCACUUGGAAUAAGUGAUAUUUAACACUCAAGGAGACAAAAGCUGUGUCCAUUGGCCAUAAGACCCUUGGCAGUCUGUUGUAUGGGAAACAACUCUUCGGUCAUUCAGAUAAUUUUAAAGACUUGGCCAGAUGUGUUGCUGACCAGUAUCUGCACUUACAUGAAAUAAAUGCAAAUUCAGAAGUUUUACCCCUAGACCUUUACAGUUUUUCUUUUCUUUUAGUAUAAGGGAGAGAUUACUACUCUCGGGUCUGCCCAAGUCCUCUGUGAUGCUGUGGGCCUUAAAUUGGCUGAGGUUACUAACGAUUUCACAGUGUUUGAUUCUUCCAUAGCCCUGCUUCACUUUCUGGUCUAUGUUUAAAUUUUUCUGUGGUAGGAAUAGGCAGCCUAGUCUCCUACCUUGGGGAGACCACACAGAUUCCCAAUGUGGAAGCCACAGGGAAUAAAUGGGUUAAUAAAAAGCAGUUUUUCAAAAUCUGCUCCAGCAGAGUUAGCCCUCCAAAGGCCAGUGGCUAUUCUUUAUCUCGCUCCACUGCCCACCAGUGGCCAAGAUCCUUGACCUGGAUGACCUUAGGCAGAUUAUCUGAUGAAACUACUGACUUCAAACAGAUGUUUUAUUUUCCCAUUCAGUACUCUUGUAAUUCUGUCUGAGAUAUUCAAACCCUUGUACUGGGGAGUUCAGGGCCACAACAAUGGAUAAACAAGUGUCCAUCAGCUACAUGGGCAUUGACAAACUGCCCAUUUAUUCACAGGGAACCCAGGUGGGUUUGGCCAUGACAUAGCCAGAGAAAUGGAUGGGAAUAAGCAUGUGAAGAGGUAGCUCUGCCAUGUGCAGACCCCUCCAACUAUGUCCCUGGGCAGGGACAAACCAGGUGCUAUUUUGUCCCUGACCUGCCAAGAAGCCGAACAAGUGAGUCCACGGGGAGAGGGAGAAGGUUCUACUUGGUAACAGUCUCAAAGGUAAUGAACUUUUUUGUCCAAAUAGUAUUUCCCAUAGUUCAAUCAUUCUAGGAAACUUUUAGAAAACAUAUUUGGGACAAACUCACUUAUUUUUACCCUUCACCUCCCAAAGCAGAUAAUUUGAAGGGAAGGACAACUUUAAACACACAGCCCAUGAGGCCCAUUUCUGAUUUUUAGGGACAAUCAUUGCUCUUUUCUUCCUUAUUAUUUGGAGGGGCCUGAUGCAAGAGGACAGUUCUCCCUAGGGAAUCUGAAUGCUGAACAACAUGGCCUCGAGGUACAAACAGUCAUUGAGAGCAGCUUGAUUAUUGUAGUGGUGACAUUGUGAUGUUAUAUAUCUACAUGGUGUUUUCCUAGCAGCAUUCAGUAGAUGAAUUAAGCAGUUUCUGGAUUGAGGACAGGAGUGCUCUGGAGUGUGGUCACUGCCAGGCUUUGCAAGGCCAUCUCUGGCCCUAAGUGUUGUUCAAUGGUAGCCUAGCAGACCUUGGCAAAGACUCCUACUCACAUCUUCUCAUGAUCAGGUAAACAAGUAGAAUAAAAAGUUAACCAUAUAAUAUAUGCUCAUGUACACCAUGAAGAAGGAACUGAGUAGGAAAUGAAUAUCUUUUCUCUUAAACACACUUUUGCAUCACUAUUCUGUUUCAUGUUCUAAUCAUGAGCACUUAUCUGAGCAUAUUGUGAUAGACUCUUAGCACAGAACAAGCAACUUUUGCAGAACAUGGAUUUCAUCAUUACUUACAUUGCAACUUUCUUUUCCAUAAAUAUUUUUUUGUGAAGACUAGAAGAGGAGAGAUGAGAUUUGACAAAACAAAAUGUAGUCCUAACUUCAGUAUUUUAAAGCAAAUAUAGGAAAGCCUUUGUGUAUUAUUUUUCUUCUGCGCUUCUCCAUUGUCUAGAUCAGGGAAACAGGAAAACAUUGCAUUCUAGCAGCUGCAAAUCGUGCAAUGGUUCUGCAUAUUUCCAUCAUUUUAAACAAUAGGUUCAGUGUGGGAAUCUGAGAUAUGAGCCCUUGAAAACAUCUGUUCCUAACUGGCUGCAAAACCAACUGCUUAAAUCUGUGUGGUUUGUGGAGUCAACUAAAAUAAAAGGACGAUAAUCAAAAUUCCCCACUAUACAACAACAAAUAUCUUAUUUGACUCCAGAUUCUGGGAACUAAUAUUAACUAAACUGCUUUUAUAAAAAAUCAGUUGUGUUUUGGUGUGUUCUUAGAGUUAAUGUCCAUCUAUUUUAGGAAGAAACUCUAGAUUCCUUUCCUGAACUAUUCCUUUUAUCUGUAAGGUGGCCAGUGUUUUCUUUCAGCAGAUUUUGUCCUCUGCUUUACUGGGCUGAAGUCCUUUUCUGCAUAUUUGGCUUAAGCUUAAACUAUGUUGUAUGCAAGCUCUUGUUCUCUAAUAUUAGAUGCAAUUAUAAAUGUCUGUAACCACUUCAUGAACGCUAAAUGAGAAUUUAAUUAUUUUUAAGUGUAUGUAUUUAAGAUUUGUUCCACUAAUUCUGAAAUCAUGGAAUUUUAACGUGGGGUUUAUUUUCAUCUUAGGCAUACGUUUGUGCAGGUUGGGGGGGUACACUUGAACACAGCACUGAUCCUCAGAACACAGAGAAACUGAGUGGCAUCUUGCAUCAGCCUCAUGCAGUGGCAGGUUUUUUGUUUUUUGUGUU